GUUCCUCUUUUGUUUUAACUUACACAGUUACGAACCUCUCCAAAUUAAGAGACACCAAAAAAUUCAAGCUUUCUUGGGACUCCAAAUGUUUCUGCCAUUCCUGACUGAAUGAAUAUUGAAAGUAGGGAACUCGCUGAAGAGUUGGAAAUUAAUUUUUUUCAGUUCUACAGACCCAAACUGCAGUUUAAGCGUGUGUUUUGGCAAGGCUCCUUCUGAAUCCAGAUGGCAUCGGAAAUCACGUAUGCUGAAGUGAAGUUUAAUAAAACACCUCCACCUGCGAAUCCAAAAGCAUCUUCAAAAAAGGAAACACCUCUGAGUCUAUUCCAGAGAAUUCCCUUCUGGUUUCCAUGGGUGAUGUCAGGAAUAUUGAUGUUGCUGUCCAUUGCGCUUCUUAUUUGCAUCUUUGUGCCCCUCCGGGGAUGGCAGACAAAGACCUUCCUCAAGAGCCUACCUCAAAAUUCUACAAAUUUGCACUGUCUCCUGGAAACAGAACAAAAGCUGUCAUGUUGUAAAGAAGGCUGGAAGCAAUUUCAGUCCAGCUGCUACUAUUUCUCUACGGCUACGCAGAAAUCUACCUGGAAUAACAGUAGGCUGAAGUGUAUGGAGAUGAAAUCUGACUUGGUUGUGAUAAAUGUAGAAGCUGAGCAGGACUUCCUGACAAAUCAGACAAAAAAUCUGCGUGAAAUUACCAAUUUUUGUAUCGGCCUCACUGAGCAAGAGAAGAAAGGUGAAUGGCGAUGGGUAGAUCGGACUACUAUUAACUCCACCAGAACAUUCUGGAGAGAGGGCGAACCCAGCGAGGGCGACGAGCACUGUGUUGUUAUGCAUAUAGAAGGAAGACCAGAAAACAAUCACAAGAAUAACUGGAAUAAUGUCAGAUGCAGCCAUGCAUUCCACCACUAUAUUUGUGAAUCCAAGACAUUUGUUUUCGAUUGUGGAUUUUAAUUUCCAUCAAAACUGUGACAGCGGAAAGAUGGGGCAAAGAGGCCAAACACAUAUUUCAAUGACUGGGACAGGGUGGGGGAUGCAUCCAGUCUUCGUUGUACCUAGGACAGCCAUGCACCUUAAUUUCACACAUGUAUUCUCUUUCUCUUGCUGGAAAUAAUGUUGUGUAGAAUUUUUCAAAAAAAUUAUUGCCAAGUUCAGUGGCAAAAAACCCUAUAUUUGUGUUAGCCUAUUAUUAAUCAUACAACUGGCUUUUGAACGAUCUCUUUAGAGUAGCAGAGAGAACAUGGUGCAGUAUGGUUUUACUGGGAUUGGGAUGCCCUCCAUCUAGCUUACUUGUCACUACGCAGGAGCCAUUUGACCUCAUCAUACACUUACCUCCCAUAUCUCAACCUAAAACUAUUUUCCCAUUAUCCAUCUUGAUCCUAAUAGAUUUCUGGCACUUAUCUAGAACUGACCUUCUAAAACAAAACUUCCAUGAUUCCGUGGCUGUUAAAAUGGUGUCAAACGGCAUUAAUUCUAUAAUGUACGAGGGGUAUUUUUUAAGUGAGGUCCGUUUUGUUGUAGACACUAGUAGUUAGCGUGCAUACCGCAACGAGCAUAUGCGUCGUGUACCAGCAUGCCUCGGGAACAACUGUGCUCAGUUUCCGCUCUGUAGCUAACCUGUAUGGUUCUGUUAUGUGCUUUAAAAAUAUUUAAGACUAUCAACUCACCCACCGCAUGUGAGGUUCACUCAGUGAUACGGUUUUUGCCAGCAAGGAAUCUGCCUCCUGCAGAAAUUCAUCGGCAGAUUUGUGAAGUGUACGGUGAUAUUGUUAUGAGUGAAAGCAAAGUGUGUAAGUGGGUACGACAAUUCAAAGAUGGCUGUGACAACGUCCAUGAUGAGGACCACUCCCUUCUUUGAUGAUGACGACGUGAAAACAGCAGUGAACUCUUGGUUAUUGGAGCAGGCGGCAAGUUUUUAUGAAGAGGGUAUUUUAAAAUUGGUUCAGAGGUAUGAUAAGUGUUUGAACAAACUUGGCAACUAUGUCGAAAAAUAGAGUGAAGUAUGUACUUUCUGAAAAUAAAUUUACUUCUUUGAAAUAAA